UUUAAAUUUCUAGUUUAUUAUGGUCGACGAUGAUGUAGUAGGCUGUAUGAACGAGGAUGACUGGAAGACUGCUCAUGCCCCCAAAGAAGGUCUGUGAAGAUGACAUGGUACGGUUCAUAGAGAGUGGGGGGGGGGCUGUUCAGGUGGCUGAUCAGAGGCAAACCACCAACUGCUGCGUCUGAGCACGGCAAGAUGUCGUGGGAUUGGGUAGUGCGGUUGUCUCGGAAAGCACUUGGGGGUGUCGGAGGAUGAGAGGGUAGGAUGAGAGCUGAGAGGUUCAUAAAGGGCUGGAUGAAGGUCGGAUACAGAGGGAUGAAUGAGGGUUGACGAACAGGGAUAGAACAGGAGGAAAUGGAGUGGGUCCAGUAGAGGGAGCACCAUGACUCGAUGCGACUGGCUGAGGUAACAGCAGGACCAGUAGUGGCUAUGGGAAGAAAGACGAGAAAAGAGCUGCGGGGCGGGUGGAGCCGAAAGCGCUGAGGUAGCUGCAGCUGAAGGAAGGGAAGAGUGAAGGAUGCCGGGAUGAGGGGAUGUAUGUGCAGGGGUUGAUUGUGCAGCCUGCGGACACAGGGAUGAGACGAAAACGACAACAAAUACAAAGCAGAAGAGGAGCGAUUGCAAUGAAAAUUGUUCACUGGGGCAAAGCAGUUGAUAGUGAGUCGAUGUCACUGAAAAUGAGGGCAUACCCUCAAUGAUUCCUUGAGAUGUAAAUAAAGGUUGAAUGAAUAAGAAGAAGCAGACGAAUCGAGGGACGGAGGAGAGCCAGGAUGAUUCAUAAAAGUUGGAUCAAGGGAGGGAUGAAGGGAUGAGGGUUGAGCGUCGAAGGGUGAGGGAUGAAGGGAUGAGGGUCUAGGGGUGAGGGAUGAAGGGAUGCAGUGGUAAGAUGUGCGGCUCAUAGACGCAGAGAUGAAACAAAAACACGAGGCAAUUAAGACGUAGGGAGCAGGCACGUGGGGUAAUACGACCUGGCCCUAGCUAGGGCUGAGGCAGUCUGUUGCCGCACCGUAGUGGCGGCAGGAUGGAAUCAUCGGUGUGGCAGUGCGGGGGGCGCUGGGUAGGGAACCCGCAAGUGAGUGGUCGGCUGGAGCAGUGGUGGAACUGGAGGCUCUGCAGAACUGGAUAGCCUGGCUUUGUAGGCCAUGGAGGGGCGGAGGCCAGAGUGAAAGUGCUCACGGGCACAGUGUUAACGACGGCUGGAGCGAGGGGAUUGGCGACGGGGGCAGCUGAAGACACAGAAAAAACAUUUGGGUGUUGAGGAAGGGAGGGGAACAGGGAUAGAACAGUAGGAAAUUGAGUGGGUCCAUCAGAGGGAGCAUCACGGCUCAGCGCAACAGUUGCUGUGGUAACGGCAGGACCAGAGGUGGCUGAGGGAAGAAACAUAAAAGGAGCUGCUGGAACAGGUGGAGCUGAAAGCGUAGAGGUAGCUGCAGCUGAAGAAAGGGAAGAGGAAAGGAUGAGAGGAUGUAUGUGCGGGGGUUGAUUGUGCAGCCUGCGGACACAGGGAUGAGAGAGAAGACGAAAAACACGAGACAGAUCAGACAGGGAGGUAGCAGGCCCAGGGGAAGAUACAACCUGGCCCUGCCAGAGGGCUGAAGCAGUUGGCUGCGUCGUGACGUCAUUGACGUGCAGCCUACGGGUGGCGCUGGGCGGGGAACCCGGAAGUGAGUGGCCAUCCGGACUGGUGGUGGUGGAGGCAGAGAGGAGCAGGAAGAACCUGGCUUUGUUGUCGGUUCGGCGAAACAGGAUUUGUAUUUAGAGUUAAGCCUGGCCUUCAACCGGGGCUGAAGAAAUCUGGGCUCUAUUGUAGUAGGCGACGUUGUGACGUCAUCAGUGUGCGACGCGCGUCGGCCCGGCGGCGAACAAUGAACCCCGGAAGAGCGGGAGGAUUUGAGCUGCCGGUGAGAGAGUUGAUGGAAGUAGAGUCUGCACAGAGUUGAAAAGUUUGUCCUUAUCAUCGUUUCGUAGGAGUGGGAAGACCGUCUUCUUGAGAGCUCGCUGGAGGUGAGCAAACAUCCGGUUGAAGAUGUUAAUCGCUUGGAAAAGAGCCGCGUCGGAGUGGGCCAUUGCGUGGAUGUGUGUGGAGUGUCUGGAUCCCAGCUGAUCAAAAGCGUGGCGUCUGGAUGAGAAGGGUUCCAUGUGGAUGUGGUGGUGAAGGAGAUAUCUCGUUGGUACUGCUGGAUCUAGUCGUGUGCGGUAUGUUGCUGAGGAACGUGGAUCACGGAGCACGGUCGGGAGGAAUCAACCUAAGGGCCGGACUUAUCCUCUUGCUGUUCAUCUUCAGAGAAAAGAUUGAACACUACAUAAUUCUGGGAGAGGAAAUGUAUGUUGGGGAGGUAUGUGAACAUGUUGCAAAGUGAGUAAGUGAGUAUCGGAAGACACAUCCAGACAUCCUGACUGUCAAAGACCACAUGGCACAAAUUUACUCCUGGAGUUGUUGUGAAAUCAUGGAAAUCCCUUCCCUUCCGUGAAGGACAUACUCAACAAAUACCCAUGUACUUAAGGACGCAUACUGGAGGGGACCCUGCUACACCCUAUCCAACCAUACAACUGAUGGAUAAUGACUGGAAAAUGGCGAUCAGUAGAAGAGGGUUCAGUGUGGUGAAAGUAGAUGGAGAAGGCAUGUCAGUGCACAGGCCUUGAUGAAGUCUUCACCUGGACCUGCAGGGAGGCUCCACAGCUGUAUCAUGUUAGACAGAUUGAUGCUGGGCAGGGGAAAGUGGUCGCCAGAACCAGCAGCAAUUAUGCGUAUUUCCUGAGUGGAUCAUCUUGGUACAGACUGGGCUCAACUACACUAAAGCAUGUCUCAGUGGGACCUGCAGGAAUGUGGGGAGUUGACACCUCAAACAGGGUCUGCAAAUACGUAGCUGGCAACUUUGUUCAAUCUUCUGGUCUGUCUAUGCAGCAGGUGGAUGCUGGAGGUGAUGGCCAGGUUGUCGGAGUAACCCCCAGCUCCUACAGCACCUACUGUCUGAGAAGUAGCUUGGCUUUGGCCUACAAGGCGGGCUCCCUCAGCUGGAAUUCCCUUUCAAGGACUAUGAGGUACUACAGCUGCGGCCCACUGUAUGGAUGCUGGGGAGUAGACUCACGUUCUCAGGUUUACGUCACACAGAGAUUCACACCAACUAGCUGUGGUGCUACUGGCUGGACACAAGUGCCAGGGCUAACUAUGAGAAUGGUUGAAGUUGGGACUGAUGGAAAUGUUUUUGGAGUGACCACAAACGGCAGUGUCUACCAAAGAGUUGGCAUCUCCCAUGUUCGUCCACAAGGUACAGCUUGGGUCUCUGUCUCAAUGUGCAUGCCCAUCAGCCACCUGAGCUACGAUCUGGGCCAACUCUGGGUGGUGACCAACUCUGGUAUGCUCCUGCAGUGCUCACACUAAUGCUACCUGUAUGGCAGGUGCUUUGUGUGCAUGAAUGUCUGUUUGUCAUGGAUUUUUCUGGAUUUUAUAUUACUAUAGUAAGUGUUAGUAAUAGUAACUAUUCAGUGAUUUCCUUGUUAUUAAACUGCCACAGAUUUUGGCAACAGUAAAAAAUGAAGCUUAGAACAAAUAACUGAUUCUUAGAUGCCAUGUGAUUCUGACUUAUUGAUUCAGCACAAAACUUUUUAAUCAGAAUAAAAAUAGCGCUUUAUGAAUUAAUCUUUUAUCGCAAAUGUAUGCACAUUGCAGAGGAGUAACUACAAUGUUAGAGAAAAUAUUAUAAUGCAAUAGUUGCAAAUCGUUGAAUUCUUCUGGGGUUUUUUAUUCGGACCUGUUGGACUGUGAAGCAAAAAUAAAUCAAAAUAAUAAAUGUGCAUGUGUAAUAGUCAGCUAAUGCAAUAAAGAUACAAUAUACCUUGACAGCAAUGGAUCCUUUUUUAAUAAUUUCAGGAAUGUAUAACCUCCACCUGCCAGCUGGAAUACUUUCUAUUGUUUUAUUAAAUGAUAAUGGAAGCAAAUUCAUUCAUUCAGAGUUUGUCAUGCUGGAUAUAAAUAUUUAUGCUUUCUUGAAUGUGGUUCUACCGUAUUUUAGUACAAAAUUGUAACAUUGCUGAAAACCUAGACUUGAUGUGGAGUUUCCAGCAACACUAAACAUAAGACACAACCCAAGGAAUUGGAAAAAAAGAGUAAUUUCAAAGAGGCUUAUA